AUGGCUUCCCUGGAAUUCGCGAUUGGAGCGAUAAGCACUCAGUUGAUCCUCGUGCUGGGCCAUACCAGUUGCAGUGCCAUCAGUGGCGCAACGAAGGUGUUUCUCCAGUCGAGCUGCAGAUCGGCAGUGAAGACGAAGGUCAAUAAGGCUCUGGACAAGCUGCUGGAUGGACUGAGCGUGGUGAUCUCGAAGGCCGCUGAACAGCUGGGAUCGGAUGCCACGGAGGAGGACAUCGCCAGCCAUGCGGUGCAGUUGAAUGUCUUCCACACCAUCGAGUUCCUCCACCGGAAGAGCGAACUCGUCCGCCAAAAGCUGAAGGAUGGCGAGUUGGAGAUCCAAGGGGCUAUCUACGAUCUCGAGAGCGGUCGCGUGGAGUUCUUGGGUAGGCAUCCUUCACAUGCGGAUUUGAUGGCAGAGAUCGCCGGAAUGGACCGUGAGCUGGGUGCGUGA